AGAACAUGGCAAAUGAAAAGGAUAUAAGUAACAUUGAAAAGGUAGAAAAUCGUACACAAUAUGUGAACAUGUGUGAUAAAGAAGCAUGUUACAAUGGAGAGAAAAAAUUAUUAGAAAUAAAUCCAAGUUUAAGCAAACGUCAGCAGAAAAAAGUAAAAAAACGAGAAAAAUGGUUGGAACGAAAGGUGGAGAUAAGAUUACGCGAAAGAGAAAAAGCAAGGCAAAAACGAGCAUUUGCUCGUGCAAAUAAUAUAGACCUUGGCCCAUCUAGAAAAGCUUUAAAAAGAAUUACAAUGGCAGAUAGUACAUGUAAAAUUGGAAUAACUAUUGAUUUGUCAUUUGAUGAUUUAAUGAUUGACAAAGAUAUUGCAAAAUUGACUAAGCAAAUAUUAAGAUGUUAUACUUUAAACAGACGUGCUAUUGCACCAAUGCAAUUUUCACUUACAAGUUUUAAUGGAAAAUCAAAGACAAAUAUGGAAAGGCAUAAUGGAUACGAACAUUGGGAUGUCAAAUUUUAUAUGGAAUCAUACUUGAAUGUCCAUCCAAAAGAGAAAAUCAUAUAUCUUACUAGUGAAUCAGAAAAUGUUAUCACUCAUCUGGAACAUGAUUGUUUGUACGUUAUAGGUGGUCUUGUUGAUCAUAAUAGUCAUAAGGGUCUCUGCCAUAAGUUAGCUGUACAGGCUGGAGUGAGGCAUGGCCGGUUACCUCUAGAUAAAUUUUUACAAAUGAAAGCUAGAAAGGUUUUAACUGUUGAUCAUGUGUUUGAAAUUUUGCUUAGGGUUAGUGAAGGAAAAACAUGGCAAGAAGCAUUUUUGCAGGUGUUACCAGAAAGAAAAAACGCACAACCCAUUGAACCAUUAGAAAGAAAGGAAGAUGUGUCAAAAAUCUAUAAUGAAAAACAAACAUUACUUCAUAUAAACAAUGAGGUAGAAGAAAAAAUGGAAAUUAAUGAACUUGAAAGCACAAAUGAUGUAUAUACACAAUAAAAAUGUUGUGGAUAGAACA